UUCUUGAGUAUCAGUCCGAAAAGCCUAAAUCAGUUGAACAAUCAAUAGGGCAUGUGUUGUGUAAGAUUGUGAACCUGAAAUCAGAAAUGCUCACAAUCCCCUUUGUACACUGAAAUGUUAUAUGGUAACUAUACAACGUGACAUUCCAUACGGCAGACUUUAUUCUCUACAAUAAGUGAUAAUGUCACGCAAACAGAAAUACUUCCAAUUUUUAUGAAUUAAGUGUUAGGUUAAAUGACUCAUGAUCCUGUAGGCAAGUUUUCAUGUUUAAAGAGUGUUUCAUCAGUGGAUGUAUUAAAGUUUCGUAAUCAGUGAAUCCACUUAGUGAUCAUCAUUGAAUGAAUGUGUAUUUCAUGAAAUUCGUCUCAGACGAUGACGAUGUUGAAUUGUCUUCGAAAGUCACUAUUGAUUAAAAGGAAUUUCACUUCCGAACAAAAACAUUCUAGUAACUAGUCUGAAUUGAUUUUCUACUCUUGUUUUUUUCAAUUUCUGUAGUAUUUCGAAAAACAGUUUAUUCAAAAUAAAUCACAUAACAAUUUACGAAAUUAUGAGUAAGUUUCGUCAAAUAUAGCGAAACAAAAUUCUUGAAAAACAGGUCUUCAGUGUACAAGAGUGAUAUUCGGCUGGACAAUCUAAGCUCAUUUUGUUAUAUCCGAGCAAAAAUGAAGGGAUAGUAACUUUCUGGCGAGCUGUCAUGUGAUUUUGCAACCUCAAGUGGUGUCCGACAAGGCUGUCCACUAUCUUCGUUUUUGUUCAAUUUGAUCACCUACUGCUAGAAAUAGCGUUCUCGUUGUCUGAAUUUUCUGAGAUUGAUCUCCUGACAAGAGGUCCACUUAUUGACUUAGAAUACUCAUAUGACAUAGUCCUGUUUGGUGAAGACGCCGAUAAAAUGCAGAGAUCUGUUUUAAUUCACGGCUUCGAAAAGCGCCCGUUAAGGGUAGGGGAUACUCGUAAGUUACUAGUAUUUGACCAUAGAUGUCUUAUAAAUAUUGCCAGCAUCUGCUGGGAUCAGCUGGUAAGUAAUAGUGAGGUUGGACUAGGAGUACUAGGGAAUGACGGUAAAUCAGUUGAUGAAGUUGCGAAUCUUCAUUGACUGAGAUGGUUGGACCACGUAAUACACAUGGAGACGGAUAAACAAUGUGAGUAUGAGUCCUACCCUCGUUGCGUAUCGGUUCCUUAAGGUCGUCUAUGGGUUUUGGUCGCUGCUUGAGCAUAACAUUCAUAGCACCGUUUGAUUCUUUUAUGAUGAACUUGACUAGUAGAACACAUUAAAAUAGUUUUGUUUUAACAUACUUUUAACUCCACCUGUAGCUCUUCUAGAGGUACUGCCGGUCCCAAGCCCGGAUGAAAGAGGAGAGUUGGGCAUGGGUUAGUGACCCCAUCCUGUAGACGUUAACCACUAAAAAAUAAUUCAAACCAUUUAAACUCUGCCUCAGGAGUUAGGAGGUCUUCAUUUAGAAGAGUUAUGACGCCUCAUGGUGAAAGACGAGUUGCUUUGGAAGUCACGAGGCUGGUGCCCCCUUCUUGAAACCACAGCAACAAUUUCUAUAGGUACAUGGAACGCCCGGACAAUGUAGGGGACCGGGAAAACCAGUCAAAUAGCGACGGAAAUGGGGAAAUACAAAUUGGCAGUACUGUGACUCAACGAAACCCAUUGGACCCAAGCUGGACAACAAAGGCUAAAUACGAGAGAGAUGCUAUUAUACUCCAUUCACGAAGAGGAAAAUGCUCCAUACACUCAGGGAGUUGCUCUAAUGUUUUUGAAAGAAGCACGAAAUGCACUUGUAGGAUGGAAAUCUCACGGAUCUAGAAUCAUCAAAGCAUCAUUCAAGACAAAGAAGGAGGGGAUCACAAUGAAUAUUAUCCAGGGUUGUGAACCCACCAAUGAUAGCAAUGACGACAUUAAAGACCAGUUCUACGAUAGGCUGCAAUCAAUCAUAGCGAAGUGCCUAAGAAAACACCUCACCAUUUUGAUGGGAGAUCUAAACCCGAAAAUCGAAAUAGACAACAGCGGAUAUGAAGAUAUCGUGGGACGACUUGGACUGGGAGCGAGAAACGAAAAUGGGGGAAGAUUUGCAAAUCUGUGUGCAUUCAGCAAGUUGGUCAUAGGCGGCACAAUAUUUCCACACAAACGUAUACACAAAGCUACAUGGAUCUAACCGGUCCACACCAUAGAGAACCAGAUAGAUCAUAUUUGCAUCGAUAAAAAGUUUCGAAGGACAAUGGAAGAUGUGAGAACCAGGAGAGGAGCUGACAUAGCUUCAGAUCCCCACCUAGUUUUGGUGGACAAACAGCACUACAAAAGUUCAAUACAGCCUUCCUUCGAGAUACUAAGAAACUCAAUAAAUUCAAGGUAACUCUCGACAACAAGUUCCAAGUCAUACAGGAUCUACUGAAGGAAGGAGAAACUACCAUGGAGGAAAACAAGUGCCGACGGGCUGGAAAGAAGGACACCUCAUCAAGAUUCCAAAGAAAGAAGAUCCGAGCAAAUGUGAAAAUUGCAGAGGCAUCAUACCGCUGUCAGUACCAGAGAAAGUCUUCAACAGUGUUUCUGAACCAGACGAAAGACGCAGUAGACUCCCAACUUCGAGAUCAACAAGCUGGAUUCCGUAAAGAUCGGUCGUGCACAGACCAAAUUGCGACACUACGGAUCAUCGUCGAACAAUCAGUUGAGUGGAACUCUUUACUAUACACCAAGCUCAUUGAUUAUGAGAAGGCGUUUAACAGUGUAGAUAGGAGGACAUUAUGGAAACGUCUUCGACUCUGUGGAGUUCCUGAGAAGAUUGUCAACAUUGUCACGAACUCAUGCGACGGACUACAGUGCGAGCAGGUGCAUGGAGGACAGCUGACAGAUGCAUUCCAAGUAAGGACCGGAGUCAGACAAGGCUGUCUACUCUCUCCCUUCCUCUUUCUUCUGGUAAUUGACUGGAUUGUGAAGACCUCGACAUCUGAAGGAAAACACGGAAUACAAUGGACAGCUCAGAACCAAUUAGACGAUUUGGACUUCGCAGAUGACCUAGCCCUCCUAUCGCAUACACACGAACAGAUGCAGAUGAAGACAGCCAGUGUAUCAACAGUGUCUGCAUCAGUAGGCCUCAACAUACACAAAGGGAAACCAAGGUCCUCAAGUACAACACAGAGAACACCAAUCCAAUCACACUUAAUAGCGAAACUCUGGAAGAUGUGGAAUCCUUUACGUACCUGAAAGAAUCAUCGAUCAACGAGGAAUAUCAGAUGCAGACGUAAAGGCGAGGAUUAGCAAAGCGAUUCCUACAAUUGAAGAACAUAUGGAAUUCAAAAAAAGCGUCAACCAAUAUUAAAGUCGGAAUCUUCGAUACGAACGUCAAGACAUUCCUACUGUACGGGGCUGAUACUUGGAGGACUACUUCAACCAUCAUCAAGAAGGUACAAGUAUUUAUAAAUAGCUGUCUACGCAAGAUACUCAAUAUCCGUUGGCCGGACACCAUCAACAACAGCCUUCUUUGGGAGAGAACAAACCAGCUUCCAGCUGAGGAGGAAAUUAAGGAAAAACGAUGGAAAUGGAUGGGAAAUGCAUUACGGGAAUCACCAAACUGCAUCACAUGACAAGUGUUAACUUGAAAUCCUGAAGGGAAGUGAAUAAGAGGAACACCAAAGAACACAUUACGUCGGGAAAUAAAAGUAGAUAUGAAAAGGGUAAAUAACAACUAGGAAUAGCUGGAAAGGAUUGCCUGGGACAGUAUUGGAUGGAGAGUGCUGGUGGGUAGCGUAAGUUCCCUAACGAGGAGUAACAGGCGUA